GGUCGCUCGCGCGGGGGCCGGGAGCCCCCCGGGGCCGCGCCGCGCGCCGCCGGCCCCAGCCUCGCCCCGCCGCCUCUCCCCGCAGGGUCCCUGCUCCUCUGGCAUGGGCUGUCCAAGGCGACCCUCCACAUGGGCCGGCUCCGGAACGCCAAGAUGCUGGUGGAGACCGCCGUCAAGAAGAAGAUCUUCAUGAUCCAAGGCCGCUACCCGGUCAUCCGCUUCCUGCUGCGCAGGAGGGGCUGGGUGGAGAAGAAGAUGCCCAGCUUCGGGGGGGUCGCGCAGGCCACCUCCAAGGAGCUGAGCAGCUCUCUGAUGGGGGACAGUUAUGACGUGGAGGACGACGAUGACGAUGUGGACAUGGAGUUCCACUCCUCCCUGUUCAACUUGGAGGGGCUCCUGCAGAUGGACGAGCUCGACGGGGUGCACGCGCUCAUGUCGCGCAUGGUGCGGAACGAGGUCCCCUACUUCAUCUGGACCACCAGGAGAGACGUGCUGGACUGCCGCUUCCUGUCCAAGGACCAGAUGAUCAACCACUAUGCCCGGGCAGGCUCCUUCACCACCAAGGUGGGUCUGUGCCUCAACCUCCGGAACUUGCCGUGGUUUGACGAGGCUGACGCUGACUCCUUCUUCCCACGCUGCUACCGUCUGGGGGCUGAGGAUGACAAGAAGGCCUUCAUAGAGGACUUCUUCCUGACGGCUGCCCGCAACGUCCUCAAGCUGGUGGUGAAGAAGGUGUGGGAGUCGGACUCUCCGACGCCGGAGGGCGGGCCUGCAGGGAACCUGCAUCCCAGGAAGGUGGAGAAGAAGCCGCCGGUGGUGUCGUCCGACUUUGUGGACGAGGCGCUGCGGGCGUGUGAGGAGUUCCUGAGCAACCUGGCGCACACGGACAUCGACAGGGAGCCGGAGGUCCCCCUGCACCUGAGCCCUGACGGCUGGUCCUUCUUCCUCCAGCGCUACUACCAGCUGGUCCACGAGGGGGCCGAGCUGAGGCCGCUGGACACGCAGGCACUGCGCUGUGAGGAGGUGCUGCAGAAGCUGCGGGCCGUGGUCCCGCAGAUAGACAUGGAGGGUGACCGCAACAUCUGGAUCGUCAAGCCGGGAGCCAAGUCCCGCGGCCGAGGCAUCAUCUGCUUGGAUCGACUGGAGGAGAUGCUGAAGCUGGUGGACUGCCACCCGCUGCUGAUGAAGGACGGCAAGUGGGUGGUGCAGAAGUACGUGGAGCGGCCGCUGCUCAUCUUCAACACCAAGUUCGACCUGAGACAGUGGUUCCUGGUCACCGACUGGAACCCGCUGACCGUGUGGUUCUACCGCGACAGCUACAUCCGCUUCUCCACACAGCCCUUUUCCCUGAAGAACUUGGACAACUCCGUGCAUCUCUGCAACAACUCCAUCCAGAAGCACCUGGAGAACUCGCACCGCCGCGACCCGCAGCUGCCGGCCGACAACAUGUGGUCGAGCCAGAGGUUCCAGGCGCACCUGCAGGAGACGGGCUCCCCGCGGGCCUGGGCCAGCAUCAUGGUGCCCGGCAUGAAGGCCGCCGUCAUCCACGCGCUCCUCACCUCCCAGGACACGGUGCAGUGCCGCAAGGCCAGCUUCGAGCUCUACGGGGCCGACUUCGUGUUCGGCGAGAACUUCCAGCCUUGGCUCAUCGAGAUCAACGCCAGCCCCACCAUGGCGCCCUCCACGUCCGUCACCGCCCGCCUCUGCGCCGGGGUGCAGGCCGACACCCUGCGCGUGGUCAUCGACCGGCGGCUGGACCGCAACUGCGACACGGGCGCCUUCGAGCUUAUCUACAAGCAGCCCGCGGUGGAGGUGCCGCCGUACGUGGGGAUGCGGUUGCUCGUCCAAGGCUCCACCAUCAAGAAGCCCCUGGCCGUGUGCCCGCGGCGGCUGGAGACGCCCUCGGCCUUCCCGCAGCUGAUGGCCCAGCCGGGCGCCGGGGAAGGCAGGAGCUGGGGCUGCCUCCCCCACAGAGCCGCGGCGCGGCCUCCCACCGGGGUCUGCACCCUGGGGGGCACGGAGGCCCCGGACCUCGCCGCGGGGGAGCAGGACAAGGCCAAGAGCGCCAGAGCCCUGGGCCGGCCCGGCCUGGAGGCGGGGGGUGAGCUCCGUGCGGGAACGGGCCGGGUGCACCCGGCACCCUUCCCUGGCACCCCGCGGCCGGGCCUGAAGAAGCCCCGCACCCUGAGCACGGACAACCCCCGCCAGCACACCAGGCUCCCCAGGCCGUUCUUGCCCACCCUCUCCCUCCCCGCGGACACGGCCCGCCUCUCCGCCAAGGGCCAGCUGCCUCCUCCCCGCGUGCUCCGAACCCCCGGCCGGGUCCUCCAGCUCCAGCACGGUGGGCUGAUGGGCAGCACGACGCUGUCGGCCACGGGCAGGGCCCUGAUGUCGCUGCCCACCGCCAGAGUCUGGAUCUCCUUCUCGCCCCACCCCAGCAUCCUCCUGGCACCGAGUUUCCUGGACCCCAAGAAGCCGAAGGAGGAGCAAGAUCAAAGACAGACCCAAGCCCAGAGCUCGGGGCGGCAGGCCCAGGCCCAAGAAAGGCCUCAGAGGACCCCUGAGCGCCUGCCGCCUCCGGCCCCCUGGGGGGACACGGCAAGGCCGAGGAACGCGUGGGCCGUGCGGCUGAAGAGCCCCCGACUCCGGCUGCACCCCAUCCUGGACGCAGCUAAAUAA